AAAUUCUGACCGAUAUCUCGAAAUCAAAGAAAGCUAACCUAAAAUCUUAGAAUUUCUUUUCUUCAUUGAAUUACACAACAAUAUCAACAAAUACACUUAAUAAUAACUGAAUAGUCUUUAUAUAGUUUUUAAGUUUAAAAGUCCUGUAGCAUGUCCGAAUACGAAGCAUUUAAAAGAGGCAAAUUAGUACUGAAAGGGGAAAAAUCAAGUUCAAAGAGGAAACGGAAACAUAAGCACCAAGACAAGAAAGAAGAACAGGGUCCAGUAGCAGACACAGACGCAAUAUCUCAUGGUGGCUGGUGGAGCGUCGACUCCAUACGAGGAAUAAAUGGAUCGGUGGCUUUGGAGUUUGGUGAUAGGACGUAUGUCACGGCAUUAGAUAAUGGUUUAUUCACACUUGGGGCUCCUCAUGAUGAAGGUGAAGGACCUUCACCAGAGGAAGUGCUGACUGCGAUAUCUGUGAACGACACCAAAGUUGCAUUCAAGUCUGGUUACGGCAAAUACUUGGGUGUGGCCAAGGACAACACUGUCACUGGUCGCUCCGAUGCUAUUGGCGCCCUUGAACAAUGGGAACCAGUUUUCCAGGACGGAAAACUGGCUCUGCUAAGCUGUACCGGAAAAUUCAUGUCGAUUCGAAAUGACGAUGACACAUUAGUAGCUAUUAGUCAGACAGCAGGAGAGAAUGAAAUGGUCAAGGUUCGUUCUUCAGUCACUAAAGAGACCGACAAAAAACUGGAGAUACCAGUAGAAGAACAGGGAAGUUUGGCGGAAAUUGAAGUGAACUAUGUGAAAAAGUUUCAAAAAUUUCAAGACAAGAGAUUGAAAGUUUCUUCCAACAGUGUAAGUGAACUGAAACGCGCCAAAACUUCAGGAUCUCUGCAUGAGACACUACUUGACAGGAGAAGUAAAAUGAAAGCGGAUCGUUAUUGCAAGUAGUUAGCCUAUUCAAUGUAUAUUCUUAGUGUAUGGAGUUUUUUAUACAAAUUAAACAAUUCAAGUGUA